AUGUCCGUUUGCGAUCGGUGCUGUGUGGCUGGUGGAGGAGAAGCGUCCGCUCCCCGAGCGUCGCGAGCAUCACUUCUCGAGUUGGGUAAAGAUGAGCAGUGCGCAAGUCAGCGCAAAACCGGCCACGUUUGCUUGCCACUGUAUGAAUAG